AUGGGAGAUUCGCGCGACGUGGCGAAUCGGCGGCUGGGACAAAUCAACGAUCACGUCCGCGGCGACGCGAAACGCGCGAACGGAGGCGCGAGAGCGGGCGGUGGCGAUGGGUCGGACGCGCGAGCGACGCCGUCGGGGGGCGCGGGGGCGCUGCACGUGCGAGACUCGCGGACGGGGAAGGAGUAUGAAAUCGCGGUGUCGAGCGACGGCGCGGUGGACGCGUCGGCGUUUAAACAAAUCACCGCGGGCGGCGAUGGACGAGGUUUGGUGAUGUACGAUCCCGGAUACAUGAAUACGGCGCCGUGUAAGUCGAAGAUAUCGUACAUCGACGGCGAACGGGGGAUUUUGAGGUAUCGCGGGUACGCCAUCGAGAGCUUGGCGAAAUCGUCGACGUAUCUGGAGACGGCGUUCGCGUUGGUGUACGGAGAUAUGCCGAAUGCGAGUCAGUUGAUGGAGUGGGAACGGACGAUUGCGAGGCAUAGUGCGUUGCCGGUGCAGGUGGUGCACGCGAUCGAGGCGUUGCCGCACGACGCGCAUCCGAUGGCGGUGAUGCUCGCGGGGUUGAACUCGUUGAGCGCGAUGCACCCGGAGCAGAAUCCAGCCAUCGCGGGUGGGGCGAUUUACAACUCUCACACCGUGCAGGAUAAACAAAUCGUGCGCAUCAUCGGCAAAAUGACCACGCUCGCCGCGCACGCAUAUCAUCGAAACACCGGGCGCUCGCCGGCGGCGCCGAAUACGCGCAUGUCGUACGCGGAGAAUUUCUUGUACAUGCUCGACGCCGGUUUGGACGCGCGGCAUCGACCGCAUCCGAAGCUCGCGAAGGCGCUGGACGUGAUGUUUUUACUACACGCGGAGCACGAGAUGAACUGUAGCACGGCGGCGUGCAGACACUUGGCAUCGAGCGGGGUGGACGUGUUUUGCGCCGUGGCGGGCGCGGUGGGCGCGCUUUACGGGCCUCUGCACGGCGGCGCCAACGAAGCAGUGCUCAAGAUGCUCGAACGGAUCGGAAGCGUCGAUAACAUCCCGAGCUUUUUGGCCGGGGUGAAGGAAAAGCGAUACGUGAUGUUUGGUUUCGGACACCGCGUUUACAAGAACUUUGAUCCUCGCGCGAAGAUUAUUCGCGACAUCGCGAACGACGUCUUCGAGCUCGUCGGACGCGACCCGUUGAUCGACAUCGCCAUCGAGCUCGAGAAGGCGGCGCGGGCGGACGAAUACUUCGUCAAGCGUAAGCUUUACCCGAAUGUAGACUUCUACAGCGGGCUGGUGUAUCGCGCCAUGGGGUUUCCCCCCGAAUUUUUCACCGUGCUCUUCGCCAUCCCGCGCGCGACGGGUUAUCUUGCGCACUGGCGCGAGAGCUUAACGGACGCCGACAAGAAAAUCAUGCGCCCGCAGCAAAUUUACCAAGGCGAAUGGUUGCGAGAUUACGAACCGAUCGCCGCGCGCUCGCGCUCGCUCACCGACGCCAUGGAGGAUAUUCAACCAUCCAACGCGGCGCGGCGCCGCAUGGCUGGAGACCCGCCAUCCGGCACGGCGUGGGUCGGGAAAGGCGUGGAAAUGUCCACGCCGGCGUGGCAGUCGGGCGCGUCAGUCGGCGACGCGACGAGCGGCGUGGAGAACUAUCUCGGACGAAAAUGA